CAUCUUCACCACUUACUCCAUCCAAAUCAUCAAUUGAGAGCAACUGAAAUGGCAAAGCUCUCGACCCUCGUCUUCGGGCUCGCGCUCGGCGUUGCAGGAGUUAUCGCGUCCCCUGCCCGCGGUAUCAACCACCAGGGCGCCGCUGUCCCUAUCCCGGAUUUUCUUCCCUCUGAGAAUGCUGAGGUGUCUAGGAAUGCUAUCUUUGAGGCCUCGACGCAUCUCGGCGGUGCUUUGAUUGGCUCCCUUCGCGAACUCGAGGGUGUUUUCGAGAAGGCUGUCGAGGGGUUUGAGCCAAUCGCGAUUCAUGCGCCUAAGAAGAGCAUUAAGAAGGUCGAGCAUGGGUGGAAUACCGUCAAGCUUGAGGCUUUGGGCGAUGAUUACUCUCUCCGUGUUAAGUCUCCGAAGGAUUUGGGUGUCGAUGACGUCAAGCAGUACGCCGGAUACCUCGAUGUCUCCGACGAGAAACACUUCUUCUAUUGGUUCUUCGAGUCCCGUAAUGACCCCAAGAAAGACCCCAUCGUUCUCUGGCUCAACGGUGGACCCGGCUGCUCCUCCCUUACCGGAUUGUUCAUGGAGCUCGGUCCGGCUAGUGUUAAGGGUGACAAGGUUAAGAAGAAUGAGUUCUCGUGGAACAACAAUGCAUCGGUCAUCUUCCUCGACCAGCCUGUUAAUGUUGGGUAUUCGUAUGGUGACGAGAGUGUGUCGAACACUGUUGCUGCUGGACAGGACGUUUAUGCCCUCUUGACUUUGUUCUUCAAGCAGUUCCCUGAGUAUGCUGAUUUGCCAUUCCACAUCGCUGGUGAGUCCUACGCCGGCCACUACAUCCCCGUCUUCGCCAAAGAAAUCCUCGCCCACUCCAACCGCGAAUCCCACGACUUCCACGUCUCAACCACCGAAUCCGCACUCGCCUCCGUCCCCAAGAUCAACCUCGAAUCCGUCCUCAUCGGAAACGGUCUCACCGACCCUUUGACACAAUACGAAUUCUACCCCGACAUGGCCUGCAAUAACUCUUAUGGCCCUGUGUUGGAUGAGAUGCAGUGUGAGGGAAUGAGGCAGAAUUGGCCGAGGUGUAAGAGUUUGAUUGAGAGUUGUUAUGAGAGUGGGUCGAGGUGGAGCUGUGUCCCUGCUGCGAUUUACUGUAAUAACGUCAUGAUGGGUCCGUACCAGAAAACCGGCAAGAAUGUCUACGACGUCCGUGACGAGUGCGUCGACAAGGAAAACCUCUGCUACCCAAUUCUCGGCGAUAUCUCACGCUACCUCAACCGUGAGGACGUUAAAUCCGCUCUCGGUGUCGAGGUCGAGAAAUACGAUUCUUGCAAUUUCGAUAUUAACCGUAACUUCCUUUUCGCUGGUGAUUGGAUGCAGCCUUUCCACCGUAAUGUGCCGGUUGUGCUUGAGAAGGGUGUUGAUGUGUUGGUUUAUGCUGGUGAUGCUGAUUUUAUCUGUAACUGGAUCGGUAAUGAGGCUUGGACUGAGGCGCUUGAGUGGCCUGGCAAGAGAUCUUUUAACACGGCUAAGAAGCAUAAGUUUACGAUGAGGGAGAGUGGGGAGCAUGUUGGUGAUGUCAAGUCGAACGGAAACUUUACUUUCAUGAGGGUGUUUGGCGCCGGACACAUGGUUCCUUACGACCAGCCUGAGAGCUCGUUGGAGAUGUUCAAUGCUUGGAUCGGUGGAGAGAGGUUCGAGAAGUAG